AUGAGCGUCGGCAGCUCGUCGCAGAGCAUCCUCAAAACAGGAUCUUUCUCAGGCUUCCGCGCGUUGGAGGAGUUGGGCCAUGGAUAUCUGACCGCAGACAAGACCAUACGACACCCGCUAUGCGGUAACAAGGAAGGAUGGGGCCCGCUGAGCCCAUAUCGAUAUGAUUUCACGCCCUGCUUCAUGGACGUCUGGGUCAGCUCUGUGGCGGUCUAUGGGAUCCUAUUUGGAGCCGUAGCAGUAUGGUGGCUGGUGAAACGAAAACAGAAGACGGAACUUGGAAAGGAUUGGCAUUUCUGGACAAAACAGGCGCUCAUUGUGGCGAUAGCUAUAUCAGUUGCGAUCCAGCUUGCAUUCCAAAUUAUCAACUACCCAGAUGUCUGGGCCGGCGACUUUAGAUUCUGGACGAGCGUUCUUACAAUUGCUUCUCUUGGUGUCAUUUUCGCCAUCCAAUGGCUCGAACAUAGCAGGCUUCGAAAUCCAAAUGGGGUUGUGCUGUUUUACUGGCUCUUCAUCCUCAUCGCAUACUCUGUCAAACUACGCUCACUGAUCUCCCAACAAAUAUACGACAAGCACCAGCCGUAUUUCAUUGCAUAUUGCAUUGGGUAUGGGCUCUCGUGGAUUGAGUUUGGAUUAGAAUGGUUGGUCCCAAAGACAAAGAGUGCAUAUCAUGCUAUUGGAGACGAAGAUGAAUGCCCGGUUGAAUAUGCGACGGUAUUCUCAAUCCUCACAUUCAGUUGGAUGACACCUAUGAUGAAAUAUGGAUACAAGAAAUACUUGACAGAGGAUGAUCUUUGGAACCUGGCCAAACGGGACACAACCAAGGCAACCGGUUCCAAAUUCCAGGAAGCUUGGGAUAUUGAGAUGAAACACAAGAAGCAUCCAUCUCUAUGGAUGGCCAUUUUCCGAGGCUUUAGUGGUCCCUAUUUUCGGGGUGCCUUGUUCAAGACGGUCAGCGAUACACUGGCUUUUGUGCAGCCUCAAUUACUAAGGCUCUUGAUCAAAUUCGUUUACUCUUAUGAUACCGACAAGCCCGAACCGGUAAUUAGGGGUGCUGCUAUUGCGUUGGCUAUGUUUGCGGUAUCUGUUGGCCAGACAAUGGCACUGCAUCAAUACUUCCAGCGAGCUUUCGAGACAGGUAUGAGGAUUAAGACGGCGUUGACUGCGGCGAUCUAUUCUAAGUCCUUGAAGCUUUCAAAUGAAGGCCGGGCGUCAAAAUCCACUGGUGAUAUUGUCAAUUAUAUGGCGGUCGACACGCAGCGACUACAGGAUCUGACGCAAUACGGUCAGCAACUAUGGUCAGCACCAUAUCAGAUCAUCUUAUGCAUGGUUUCCCUGUAUCAACUUGUCGGGAUUUCCAUGCUGGCUGGUGUCGGGGCGAUGAUAUUCAUGAUUCCUAUCAAUGGGCUCAUUGCACGCCUCAUGAAGAAACUGCAGAAGGAGCAGAUGAAAAAUAAGGAUUCGCGAUCGAGACUCAUUGCGGAGAUUGUUAACAACAUGAAAAGCAUCAAGUUGUAUGCAUGGGGCAGUGCUUUUAUGCAAAAGCUCAACUACAUCCGAAACGACCGGGAACUCAAGACUCUUCGCAAAAUUGGCGCUGCCCAGUCCGUUGCCAAUUUCACGUGGUCGACUACCCCUUUCCUUGUCUCAUGUUCCACGUUCGCAGUUUUCGUUUUAACCAAAGAUACACCUCUUACAACUGAUAUUGUCUUCCCGGCCUUGACUCUCUUUAAUCUACUUACGUUUCCCCUGGCAAUAUUGCCCGUGGUCAUAACCUCCAUUAUUGAGGCUUCGGUCGCUGUCGGGCGACUCACCUCCUUUUUCAUGGCCGAAGAACUUCAACCAGAUGCGGUGGUCGUGAAGGAUGCAGUUGAGGAGCUGGGUGAAGAAUCCAUUACUGUACGCGAUGGUACAUUCUCCUGGGACAGACAUUCUGGGCGAAAUGUUCUGGAAGACAUAAAUUUCUCGGCAUGUAAGGGAGAACUGACGUGCGUCGUUGGACGAGUCGGAGCUGGUAAAUCAUCGCUCCUUCAGGCUCUCUUGGGAGAUCUAUGGAAGGCCAAAGGAGAGGUUACUGUUCACGGAUCAGUUGCCUAUGUUGCGCAACAGGCUUGGGUCAUGAAUGCUAGUGUAAAGGAGAACAUCUUGUUUGGCCAUCGAUAUGACCCCGUCUUCUACGAAAAGACAGUAAAGGCAUGUGCCUUGACGGAGGACUUUGCGCAGCUCCCGGAUGGCGAUGAGACCGAAGUAGGAGAGCGUGGAAUCUCUCUCAGUGGAGGUCAGAAAGCGAGGUUGACACUCGCCCGAGCUGUAUAUACCAGAGCUGACAUCUAUCUACUUGACGACUGCCUAUCAGCAGUUGACCAACACGUUGGCAGGCAUCUCAUUGACAAUGUCUUUGGACCGACUGGAUUGCUGAAGGGCAAGACAAGAGUUUUGGCCACCAACUCGAUUCCAGUAUUGAUGGAAGCUAAUUACAUAUGCCUGAUUCGAGAUGGAAGGAUAAUUGAGCGAGGGACCUACAAUCAAUUAAUGGCAAUGAAGGGCGAGAUCUCGAAUCUCAUCAAGACCGUCAGUAAUCAGGACCAGUCUACAGAGUCUGAAGGCAGUGAUUCUUCAACAACGAUCGAUGUAACAAAUCCAGACGAGGAUGAGGAAAAGGUCGAAAUGGAAGAGGCGCAGGAACGUCUGACACAGCUCCAACCUAUCCGGAACGGUGGACCCGUAGUCAAGAAGCGGAAGGAGAGCUUUGCAAGCUUGAGGCGUGCCAGCACCGCCAGUUUCAGGGGACCCAGGGGCAAACUUCGUGAUGAGGAGGAACCAACCACGAAGACUAAGCAAACCAAGGAGUUUUCUGAGCAGGGUAAAGUCAAAUGGAACGUCUAUGCCGAAUAUGCUAAGACGAGCAAUUUGAUUGCAGUAGCAAUCUAUCUACUCACGCUGAUCGGUGCACAAACAGCUCAGAUCGGUGGCAGUGUAUGGCUCAAGAAUUGGUCUGAGAUCAAUGGCGAAGAAGGCAAGAACCCGCGCGUGGGCUGGUACAUUGGCAUAUACUUCGCCCUGGGCACCGGAUCCUCCGCCCUUGUCGUUGUACAGACGCUGAUCUUGUGGAUCUUCUGUUCGAUCGAGGCAUCCAGGAAACUGCACGAAAGAAUGGCUUUCGCGAUAUUCAGAUCGCCCAUGAGCUUUUUUGAAACGACACCAGCUGGUCGUAUUCUGAAUCGAUUUUCAAGUGAUAUUUACCGUGUCGAUGAAGUGCUGGCGAGAACCUUCAAUAUGCUAUUCGUCAAUAGCGCUCGAGCCGUGUUCACCUUGGCGGUCAUUUCUGCGUCGACCCCUGUUUUCGUUGCCCUGAUUAUUCCCUUAUCUCUGGUCUAUUAUUGGGUCCAACGUUACUAUCUCCGAACAUCUCGAGAACUCAAACGUCUUGACAGUGUGAGUAGGAGUCCUAUCUAUGCUCACUUUCAGGAGUCGCUGGGUGGUGUCACCACGAUUCGGGCGUAUCGGCAGCAGCAACGUUUCGCCAUGGAGAAUGAAUGGCGGGUAGAUGCCAAUCUUCGCGCUUACUUCCCCUCGAUAAACGCAAAUAGAUGGCUUGCCGUACGGCUCGAGUUUCUCGGUUCGGUCAUCAUCCUUAGUGCCGCCGGGUUCUCAAUCAUCUCUGUGUCGCAAGGCAGUGGGUUAUCCGCUGGCUUUGUCGGCUUGGCCAUGUCGUAUGCCCUUCAAAUUACCCAAUCUUUGAAUUGGAUAGUUCGCCAGACCGUAGAAGUCGAGACCAAUAUCGUCUCUGUGGAACGCGUCCUAGAGUAUGCUCGACUGCCAAGCGAGGCUCCUGAGGUAAUACACCGAAACCGGCCGCCGAUCAGCUGGCCUGCAUCCGGAGCAGUAAACUUCAACAACUACAGCACUCGAUACCGAGAAGGCUUGGAUCUCGUACUCAAAGAUAUCAAUCUUGAUAUCAAGCCACACGAGAAGAUUGGAGUCGUUGGUCGCACAGGAGCGGGCAAGAGCUCCCUGACCCUUGCCUUGUUCCGCAUCAUUGAACCAAGCGAGGGCAAUAUCAGCAUCGACUCGUUGAACACAUCGACCAUAGGACUGCUGGAUUUGAGGCGUCGACUGGCUAUCAUUCCCCAGGAUGCGGCCCUCUUCGAAGGCACUAUCAGGGAUAAUCUUGAUCCUGGCCACGUUCACGAUGACACGGAGCUGUGGAGCGUCCUUGGACAUGCAAGACUGAAGGACCACGUCGCCAGCAUGCCUGGAGGCCUCGAAGCCAAAAUCAAUGAAGGGGGAUCCAAUCUCUCCCAAGGCCAACGUCAGCUCGUUUCGCUAGCCAGAGCCCUUCUCACACCGUCCAACAUCCUCGUCCUUGACGAGGCCACCGCCGCAGUGGAUGUGGAAACCGAUGCAUUACUACAGGCCACCCUCCGCUCGCCCUUGUUCUCCAAGAGAACGAUCAUCACAAUCGCUCACCGCAUCAACACGAUCCUGGACAGCGACCGGAUCGUAGUCCUGGAGGCCGGCCAGGUAAAGGAAUUCGACACGCCGAAGAAGCUCAUCGAGGAGCGAGGCCUAUUCUACAAGCUAGUCAAGGAGGCGGGGUUAGUUGACGGUGUGCGGUAA